AUUCCGGAUAUUCUAUUUUCAUAUUUACAGGAAUUACUGUAUACAGGUUUGAACACUGUAACCACGACUCUGAGUUUGUUCAAACUGAGUCUCAUAUUUUUCCAUAGAAAGGACUUUUUCACAUUAGUGAUUCAUCUGGAGGAAAAGUUUUUGCACUCGAAUUACGACGCUUUCGAGUUGAAAUUGGUGAACGAGUGCAAGCGCCUCUCCGCGAUCGGCAUCGGUUGCUACACCCUCUUCACGUACGCAACUGUACUUUGUUUCAUGGUAACACCGGUGAUAGCAAAUAUAGGAAAAAACGAAUCCGAUAGACUACUUCCGUUCAUUAUAUCAGUAGAUCUACCAAUGAGUAUGACACCGUAUUUCGAGAUAGCGUUUGUCCUUGAGUUUUUAAUGCUGUAUCAGAUCGGUGUCUGUUACACUUGCUUCGACUAUUUCCUGUGUAUCAUCAACAUGCACGUGGCCGUACAGUUUCGCAUACUGCAGCACAGACUGACAUACCUGAAUUAUACGAAUCAGGAAGAAAUUUCCAGUGUGAAGAUAGGAAAAGUUUCCCUAGAUGCCGCGGAGAGAUGUUACGCUGCCUUCAGACAUAACAUUCAACAUCAUCAGGCACUUAUUUCGUACUGCCAAAAGCUCGAGGAUGUGUUCAGUUUGAUAGUGUUGGCAGAAAUGAUUAGUUACAGUCUGAUAAUCACUCUCAUCGGAUUGCAAAUACUUUUGGGAGCCCCUGACAGUGGGAGACGCUACACUUUCAUGUCUUUCUUGUGCUCCGAAUUUAUCCAGUUACUCAUGUUCACCUACACCUGCGACGGCGUCAUACAAGAAAGCUUGAACGUAGCUCCAGCAAUUUUUAACGCUCCCUGGUAUUCGAUGCUGAUGAAUAAAUAUGGAAGAAUGCUGCGGAGAGACCUGAAACUCGUCAUCUUGAGGUCCAGAAAUCCUUGCUGCAUAACGGCCAAAGGAUUCUUUCCUAUAUCUUUGGAAACGUACACGAAGGUAUGGACGACUGCAGCUUCAUAUUUCACUUUACUGAGAAACUCGAUCGAAGAAAUCGAUCAGUAUUGAUGUCACUAUGUCUAUGGCCAAUAUUCAUUUCUAUUAUAUGUAUAAGCAACUUUCAAGGUUUUUACUUCAAUAAAUAAUCCACUUUAAACAUAUAAAAA